UGAAGAAUAUGAAAGAUAUAGGAUUUCGCUUAAUUUCCGAAAAACUUGGUAACGAUGAAUCACCGAUUACCUCUGAUAAAUAUUUGAUGGGAUUCGGUUCUCCACCAUUCAAUACGGUCUUGCAUGUUCACAUGCACGUUCUAUCAAAACCUGUAACAUGUAGUUGGCCAAGAUCUAUGGCAUUUGGAAAUUGGAUUUUUAGAGAUGUUGAUCAAGUCAUCGCGAAAUUAUCAACUUAA